AUGAGCUCAUACUGUGAGGUGUGUCGGGGCCUCUUUGAUGUACCGCAUCAUCAUGAUCAUCGUACCAGCUUCGGGAGCAGCCCUAUAGAGAGUGUCUUCGGUGUGACUUCUCCACGCCAGUCAAAUAUUCGUUUAGGGACACCAGCAUCACCAACAUUAGGAGGAAACCCGUAUCACGGCAGUAGUGGCAGUCAUCGUAAUAGCCCCGUAGUGGUCCCAACAAGUCAAAGGGGAAACAUCAGUAGUAGUUUCGGCGUUCAGGACCAACAACGAUGGUCUGCCCAACAGCAAUCAUCACCAUCAUUAGUAUCACCGUAUAUCUCUAUGGGUAUGGAUGCUCUACGGGGUGGAAGAUCAUCUCAAGAAACACCGUUAUCUCCAUUACCAAUAGGAAUAUCAAUGGGAACGGGUGCUCACCGUGAGACGGUAAACUCACUGUUGCGUAUGAACUCCAGAGUUCGUUCAAAUGCACUAGUGCGUACACCCACUCGUCGUGGUUGUUGUAGUGGAGACAGUGGGUGCUGUAGAAGAAGAAGAAGACGAAGAAUGCAAUCCCGCCGUGAGCGUGUUAGUGGUGAGGGAAUUAACACACGCCAUGUUCUGAGCAGUGUACGUUCAUUAGAUACAGGAGGGUCCUUGCGUGGGCGUAUGUCUCAACGUUUGGAUCAUCUGCAGGAUACACUGGAUCGUAUUCGUGAGGCCGUGCAUCGUGAUAACAACGCUACGGAUCUUACGGAUCUUACCUCCUCUAAUAAUAAUAAUAAUCCUGCAGCUAUAACUACAACUACUAAUAAGACUCCUAGUCCUACUAGUAGGGCAGGCAAUCUUGCUGAUGAUGGGAAUUCAGCUGAAAGAUUAUUUCUGAGUCCGUUGUAUAGAGGAAGCAGCGGCACGUAUGAGGCGUUAUCACAGCAUGAUAUAUUUGAUGCAGUAGAGACUAUAGAAAUGGCAGCAAGAAGAAGAGCAACAGCCCCAGAUGAAGAAUCAGAAGAAGAAGAAAUCAUUACUGCAGGUGACAAUACUGCUGGUACUGUUGGUGUUAUUGCUCCUGGGACGCUUCCUUUGGAAAGGAGGUCAAGGCUUGUAGUGGGAGAUGCUUCUCCAGUUGCUUUUUCUACAGAGCCGUAUGUUGCUACACAAACGAUUUCAGGUAAUAAUAAUAAUAAUAAUAAAAAAAAAAAUAAUAAUAAUAACAAUAACAAUCAUAAUAAUAACAAUAAUAAUAAUAAUAAUAAUAAUAAUAAUAAUAAUAAUAAUAAUAAUAAUAAUAAUAAUAACAGCACUAGUGAUAUUAGCAGUAAUGAAAGUUUAAGCAGCAGCAGCAGCAGUAGUAGUAGUAGUAGUAGUAGUAGUGGAAGGGAAGAUACCUUGACUUCUUCUUUUCAGCUUUCCCACAGGAUAAGUAGGAGGCCACACCGCGCACUUCACUUGCCAGGCAGAAGUUCACCUUCUUUGAUAUCGCCUGAGCUCCGUGAAACACCUAACGAUCCAGCUAGAUCUGCAGUUGCCGCUGCUGCUGCUGCUGCUCUUGGUGGUUGUAGCACUCUCCCCACUGGAAAGAGAAAAUCAAAAGGUGGUGCCUCAGCAUUGCCUGUAGGGCGACCACUAGACUCCCCUUCCAGUGUUAGCUAUGAUAGAAGAGAUAGCAACAGUGGAAGUAACGCUCCACAUGAAGGUCGAAGUGAUACGGCACUAAAUAACAUUAGUAUGCUUCGCGAGGGAUUUGUGGAACUAUGUGGAGCUGUACGGGAGGACUUGUAUGCAUUGCACGCUCGUGUGGAUGAGUUAUGCAAACAGAGGAAACAACAACAACAACAAGAGCAACAAGAGCAACAUAGACAGGAUGCUUUAUUAAGAGGUAUAUCACAAGAGCAAAUAACCGGAACACAACAGAGUAGUGGCGCCGGAGGAAUAUAUUCAUCUGCAGCGCACGAAAAUAUGCUAGAAAAGGUAAAACAAUACACUGUAUCCACUGUGCAGCAACUGUUGCAAGAACAAAGAGAGAGAACCGUAAGUGCACAAAGAUCUGGUGUGCCUGCAGGCGAAUCUGUACCUUUACCCUCUUUAACAGCCCCAGAAGCAUUGCCUGGGGAUGAAUUGGGCGGUUUCUCAUCAGAGGUCUUGGACGCACAUCUGCGGCUCGCAGUUCGCUCCAUACUAAUGGAAGAAGACUUCUCUCGUGAAAGAAAAGUUUUACUCUCACGGCAGCAGGAACAGCGGCGGGGUAUGAAGGCGUUGCGUCGGGAGUGGAAACAUAAAUUUUCUUCAUUGGAACAAAGAAUUGGUACACUUGAGGAUACUCUUGGGUCAGUGCAACUCGAUGUGGAAGAGUUGCGAUUGCCGCGUUUCUUCCCGGGGAAUACGGAAAGCACAGACCUACUUUUCUCUCCCCAUCUAUCAACUACUACCCAUACCCCCGCUGAAGUACGGGGAGCAGAACAGCAACAACAACAACAACAACAACAACAACGGGAACAACAACAACAACAUCGAUCUCGGGUGGGUGAUACUCGUCUGCUGCGUCGUGUGGAACAUCUAGUCUCAGGCGUGGAGAACCGCUGUUUGCAGAGAGUGCGAGAGGAGAUUAUGCAGCCAAUGCUUGAUCACAUGCGGCGAUUAAUGAGUGCACAUCAGUCAAUGAUUGAUACUGUUGUGGAUAGCCGAUGUGCACAAGUGGAGGCGGCGGUGCAGCGUGAACGCCAUGGUGUGGAGUUGCAGUUGGCAGAUGUGCGUUCACGUAUGGGUUCACUACGCAGUGAUGUACACCGCGCAAUGCGGGACCUCAGUGAGAACCUUAAUGUGGCCUGUCCAGGUCUGUGA